UUACCGUUUCGUUUCCUGGAGGUCGAGCCUGUCGUGUUGUUGACAAAAAAACGUAAAAAAUAUCGUUUUUUACUGGGCAAAAUGGGUCAGUCGUUGCCGACCCCGGACUGCGAGCCCUCGGUGUGUCCUUUGUGCCACGGUAUAUGUCGGAAUCCGACCGCGCUGAGAUGCAAACAUAUUUUCUGCUACUGCUGUAUACAGGAGUUAUGGAGUGGUUCGCCCACCGGUCCAUACUACUGCCCCGAGUGCAAGGAGGAGUACAAGACAUUACCGGUGGGGUUCAAGAGAGACACUACCGCAAGUCCGUGGCGACAUGAAGCGCCUGCACAUACACGCACCACCGCAGCCACAGAAGGCAGAGCCAAUGAAGAGGAUUUCAUUGAGAUAAAUUCGGCAGGCUGGACCCUUGGGGAGAGAGCCUCCAUCUCUCAAUCCAAGCGUCUGUUAGGGAAGAGACCAGCCAGUUCUCCUGUCCCAGGAGGCCAUCUUCACGACAACAAGAGACAAGCCACUGGCAGCUCCUCUUCCUCCCACUCCAGGGGACAGUCUGGUGACCGUAAGAGACCCGCCACUUCCUCUUCCUCCUCUUCAGCCAAUCAGAACACGUCGUCUGAUGUCGAGUUGUCCAGUGAGGAGGAGGUGCCAGGAGCACCAUUCUCCUUAGCAACCAAACCGUCUAGUACUGCGUCCGUCGCCGUCAGAGGACCGGACCUGACACGUGAUAGGUCUUGGUCCCCUAGGAGAGACCCACCCAUUGAGCUGGACGAACCCCCUGCUGCAACACAACCUCUUACAAGGGAACACCUGAAUGACCCUAGAAAAUCACCUGAAGCAGCAGCAGGUCACAUGAUCAACACAUCGCCAAGUAGAAUCACCACCGUUGAGCUGGACCCACCUCCACCCCCUGCAAGAGAUCUGUACACACCCGCCAAGAAUCCUGCUGAAACGACCAUAACAACCCAUUUACGUUUAGUCACCCCUACGAAGGAGAAGCCUGUUGAAGCUGAGCGGGAGCCUCUUCCAGAGAUCUCCAACAGAUCUGGUCCAAUCGGCACCUCCACCUCUCCUACCCGUGCUGCCAACAACCUGUCCCCUGGACGUACCAACCUGUCCCCUGGACGUACCAACCUGUCCCCCAGUCUGGCUCGUCAAACCUCUAGGGAGACCUUCCUACCCUGCCACUAUUGCCCCGGCCAGGGCUCUCUCCCUGCGGUGAAGACCUGCCUGGUGUGUGGAGCCUCCAUGUGCUCCGACCACCUCCGGCCUCACCUGGAGUCCCCUGUCUUCCAGAGCCACACCCUGGUACCCCCUGUGGAGGACACCUCACCCUGGAGGUGCCCGGAACACCAGGAGAUGAACCGGAUCUAUUGCCGUCAGUGUAGUGUGUGUGUCUGUACUGUGUGUACCGUGAUCGGGUCGCACCGGGACCACGCUUGCGUCAGCAUCAGAGAGGCCGAGAGGGAGCUGAGGGGGAACCUGAAACAGGAGAUGAAGAAGAUGCAGGGAACGGAACAGUCUUUAAUCAGCAGAGUGACUGAGAUGACAGAGAAGAAACAGAGAUUCCAGGUGUUGCUAGGUGACGCACGUGCGGGUGUGCAGCAGCAGUACGAGACCAUGCGUGAGGCCCUGCAGCAGGAGGAGGACACGGCCCUGCUGUGUGUGACUCAGGAGGAGAGCAGGGCGGUGGGGGGACUGGAGGAACAGCUGACACAGCUACAGGAAACCCUCUCCUCCCUCCAACGGGGUCUUCAUACUCUGGAAGGGCUGGCUGACACCCGGGGCGCCGCACGCAUACAGGACCAGUCCUUCAUCAUGGAGUACAGUAAGAUAACCAAAAGUGUGUCUGAGAGCUGUUCUGUGGAGGAGCUGGAGGUCCCACAGGAGGUGGACAGGGCCAGGCUGAGAUGCCUACAGCAGUGGACUGAGAGGCGGCUGGUCUCAGUGGUCAUCUCCCUGCCUGACCGGGACCCCUUCAGGCUGCUCUAUGGCGCUAUCCCCCGUCUGGACCCGGACACAGCCCACCCCAAGCUGCUCAUCUCUGAGGAGAAUAGGAAGGUGUCUUACAGUGAGGUCCAGCAGGCCUACCCGGAGCAGGGGGCUCGCUUUAGCUCUUUCCCCCAGGUCCUGGCCUCUAAACCCCUGGAGGGAGGCCGUGCGUACUGGGAGGUGGAGGUGGAGGAAGACGAGGGCAAAUGGAAGGUGGGAGUCUGCGAGGGUCAGAUCGGCCGUAAGGGCCAGAAAGACACCUGCCGUAUCGGCUUCAACCCCUAUUCUUGGUGCCUGCUGAGUGAGAAGGGGCAGAUAGAAGCCCUGCACGACAAGGUGGCUGUCCCUGUGGAGGUCGACGGACUGGAAAGGGUUGGGGUGUUUCUGGAUUUCGAGGAGGGUAGCCUGUCGUUCUAUAAAGUGGCACAAGGGGGCGCUCUGAGCUUGCUCCAUUGUUUUAAACAGAGGUUCAGUGAACCAUUGUAUCCUGCACUAGCCGUGUCUAAAACCCAGCUCAACAUCUCUGAUCUGUUCCAGGCAGAAUCUGUUACGUCAGAGUAGUUACACGAGUACUUCAGAUAUCUAUAAAUCUUCUUCUUUUUUUUUAACGGCAAUCUGAUUCAAACAACAACAGGUGGUCAAUCCGCCACUAUUUUAUUCUGUAAACCGCUGAUGAGUGGGGCUAGAGAAGGAGAAUUGUUCCAGACAGGCUCAGUAGAAUACACACAGUGGGGAAGUUAAGUUUUUUCUACAGAUCAUAAAUACCUUUUUGUGUAAGCAAUAAAACAUUUUUUUAAACUUUUUAUAAAUGUUAAUCAAAUAGAGGAUUGCGAAGAGAAAUCUCAACGCAGAGAUAAUCUUAAAUAUUCUUAUGUUUCAUUGUUUUCAAAUGUAGAUGUAAUGAGAAGCAUAAAUACACUGAGUGGACGAAAAAUUAGGAACACCUGCCCUUUCCAUGACAGACUGAGAAGGGGAAAGCUAUGAUCCCUUAUUGGUGUCACCUGUUAAAUCCACUUCAAUCAGUGGAGAUGAAGGGGAGGAGACGGGUCAAGGAAGGGUUUUUAAGUCUUGAGCCAUGGAUUGUGUAUAAUUUAGAGGGUGAAUGGGCAAGACAAAAUAAUUAAGUGCUUUUGUACGGGAUCUGGUAGUAGGUGCCAGGCGCACCGGUUUGGGUCAAGAACUGCAACGCUGCUGGGUUUUUCAAUAAUGGUCCACCACCCAAAGGACAUCCAGCCAACCUGACACAACUGCGGGAAGCAUUGGAGUCAACAUAGACCAGCAUCCCUGUGGAACGCCUUCGACACCUUGUAGAGUCCAUGCCCUGACGAAUUGAGGCUGUUCUGAGUGGAAAAGGGGGGGAGGGGCGCAGCUCAAUAUUAGGAAGGUGUUCUUAAUGUUUUGUAUACUCAGUGUAGAGGUCUCUGUUCAGUAUAAUCUGCAUUGCUUGGGGUUUUAAGUUGGGUUUCUGUACAGCACUUUGUGAUAUCUGCUGAUGUAAAAAAUGGCUUUAUAAAUAAAUUUGACUUACCCUUCCCUUUCCUGA